UAACUUAUUAUUCUGGAUGCAGGUUGAUUUGUGGAGUGUCGGUGCAGUUUUUUUUGAACUUCUGAAUGGUUUUCCACCUUUCUGUGGCAAAAACAAUGUUCAGCUUCUGCGAAAUAUAGAAGAGACGAAUACACUUCCAUUUUCGCAACAAAUUCUCUCGAGCAUACGUGUAGAUUCCCUAGAUCUAUGUACUAGGCUGCUGCGCAAGAAUCCUAUGCAACGGAUUUCCUUUGAUGAGUUUUAUCACCACAGUUUCUUUGGCUGAUCCAAGCUCAAGAUUGUUCUGAGAUUAACUGACACAAUGAUAAGCUUGUAUGGCCAAUCAGAAUGGUAAGCUUGAUUCGCAAAUUGGAUCAUAUUCCGAUCACAUCAUUCAUGGAGGCAUUUGCGCAGAAUUUUGGUAUGCGAAGAGUGUACGUAUGAUGUGUAUAAAUGCUUUUGUACCCGUAAGGAUGUUAUAAAAGAAAACAAGUAGUUUGUGGUCUGUAGACAUACAAAUGUGUUAACAUAGUAAUGAAGGUAUUUUGAUUGAAUUGGAUUACAGACCAAAUAUAUUUGGUAGAUUAUACAAAACUGCCAUGCUCGAAAGUUAUCUCAGUCACUUAUUACUAAAUAAUUGAAAAUAUGAAUAUAAUAUAAUUAUCCAGUCAACAAAGUGGACCUUGAUAUAACCAUUAACCACCGUCCGUAAUUCGACAGGAUUGGGUCCGACCUCGUCUCCCAACCGGCCACGUGGCAUCUCCUCCUUUUUCCUUUCUUUGUCGGUCUUGCGACACCGUUCCAUUUACUGAUCCGCUUUACGUUCCAGUUUUUAUCCUCCGAUAUCUUCAAAUCCACAGAUUUCUCACCGGAGUCGAAGAAUUGUCGAGAGAAAUUGUUCCGGUUGGGUGACGCGACCAUGCCGGCCACGGAUUUCCAAGGUUCCUCCGUGCCCUUCGCUUCCAUCGGCCGCUCCAUCUUGAGCAUCCGCCGCGACCAGGUCCACGGCGUCGACGGCCAUCACCACGAUUCCCCUGCCGGCGGGGCCUCCCAUGACCUCGAACUCGAGGUGUUCCAAAAGCACGUGUCUGACCUCUUCCACGAUCUAUCUUCCGGCGGCGGUGCAGAUGAUUUGCUCUCCCUCUCUUGGGUCCGCAAGCUGCUCGACAGUUUCCUCAUCUGCCAGGAAGAGUUCCGGGUGAUCCUCUUCAGCUGCAGCAAGGGGCAGCAGCAGCAGGCUCACCUCGCCCGCCCUCCCCUCGACCGCUUCCUCUCCGACUUCUUUGACCGCGCCGUCAAGGCGCUCGACCUCUGCAACGCCGUCCGCGACGGCGUCGACCAGCUCCGCCUGUGGCGCCAGCACCUCGAGAUCGCCCUCGCCGCACUCGACGGCGGUCAACCUCUCGGCGAGGGACAGGUUCGCCGCGCCCAGAAGGCCCUCGCCGACCUCUACAUCCUCAUGCUCGACGAGAAGGAGACCCCUUCCUCCGGAGGCGGCUCGAUCCUCCUCUACCACCGCAACCGCUCCUUCGGCCGCUCUGUCAAGGAACCCCCACCGCAGCGCGGAGGCGGCGGGUCCGUCGCCUCGGCGGCCCACUUCCGCUACCUCACUUGGAGCGUCUCCCGGUCGUGGUCCGCCGCGCGGCAGCUCCAGGGGAUCGGGAACAACCUCUACGCUCCGAGGGGCAACGAGGUCAGUUCGACCGGCGGCCUCGCCGUCCCCGUCUACACCAUGAGCUCGGUGCUCUUCUUCGUGAUGUGGUCGCUCGUGGCCGCCGUGCCGUGCCAGGACCGCGGUCUGCAGACCCACCCCUCGGUCCCCCGCAGCUUCCUGUGGGCGGCGCCGAUGACGUCCAUGCACGAGAAGAUCUUCGAGGAAUCAAAGAAGAAAGAGAGGAAGAACACGUCGGGGCUGUUGAAGGAGAUCUACCAGAUGGAGAAAUGCAGCCGCCAUUUGACGGAAUUCCUGGACACGGUGGAGCUGCCGCUGGCGGAGGAGAAGGAGGUGGAGCUGAAGCAGGAGGUGCAAGAGUUGGCGGAGGUGUGCAACGCCAUGAAGGAGAACUUAGAUCCAUUGGAGCGGCAGGUGAGGGAGGUCUUCCUCAGGAUCGUGAGGAGCAGAACCGAAAUCCUCGAGUUACUCAACAAAUCCCACAAUCCAGAGUGACUUCACACUGAAAGAUGGAGAAAAAUAUAUAAUCAAAAUUCAAUUAUAUUUUAUUUUACCUACUGCUUUCUAUUUUCAUGUCCAUUAUGUUUGCUUUUCUUUAGGACUGGUUGUUUUUAUCUAAAUUUUGUCAAAGAUGUACAAUUUUAAGGUAUGAAGAUUCAAGAACUA